AUGGCACUUAGUCGAUUUGGAUGCCCGGAUCGAUGGAUGUGGCAUUUCACCAAAAAUGGGCUCUUUACUGUAAAGUCCGGGUAUCGAGUGGCAGUGGAGUUGGAUUCCAAUGGUCUCCUAGGAAGAAGAGGGUUUGGAGGAACUAGUGAUGAUAGAGGAGGAAGACGGCUAUGGAAAUCAAUCUGGGAAUUGAACGUGGUGGGCAAGAUUCGCCAUUUUGUUUGGAGAUGCUGUAAGGACUAUAUAGCUGUGCGAAGUAACCUGAGGCGCCGAGGUGUGCAAGUUGAUCCGGCGUGCCCAUCCUGUCAGCAACAUGAGGAGACGGUGGCCCACCUUCUGUUUCACUGCCACUAUGCACGGCUGUUCUGGUUUGCAUGCCCCCUUCAGUUAGAUGUUCGGUCAUUGCAGGGGGGGACUUUUGCGGACAUUUGGUUGGGGCUGUGUGAUCGUUUUGCGCAGGAUUCUGGACGGGAUGGAUUGCUGAGCUCAAUUGCAUACGGGCUCUGGCGGCUAUGGAAGUGCAGAAAUACUCUGGUAUUUGAAGGGACCACGGUUCACCCAGCAGAGGCUGUGGAGCUCAUGCAUAAACAGCAAAAUGAGUUUUUACAAACCAAGGAGCAGGGGACGGAGACGCCAUCCAGCCAUGAAGUUGGCGGAGUGCAACGAAGCAUGGGCACUCAGCACUGGUCCUGCCCUCCGAUGGCUUUCACUAAGUCGGCUGUCUUUGACGUAGGCGAAGGCCAUUGCCUCUGA